GGAAGGAGGGACGGAGGGACGGAGGGGAGGCGUUCCCUGGCUCCCACUGCGGCAGGACCCGGCCCCCGCCCGGGCGGCGGUGCUGGACCGAGCUGGGCUCCGGGGUCCCCAUCCUGAAGCCCCGUCCAGCCGUCGCCCAGGCGGGGGGCGAGGGAUGCAUGGCCGCCCGCCGCCUCCUGCUCAGCACCAUGAAGCAGAUCUGCCUCUGUGCCGCUGCCUCCUUUGCGAGUCAGGACUGGACCAAGAACGAUGAAAAGCUCCUGCAAGCCGUGGACUACAACGAUGCCGGCAGGGUGACGUCCCUCCUCGUCCGCAAGGGCCUGGUCCCCACCAAGCUGGACUCGGAGGGCAAAUCUGCGUUCCACCUGGCUGCCAUGCGGGGCAACGUGGACUGCCUCGAAGCCAUGCUGGCUCACGGCGUGGAUGCCAUGACCAAGGACAGCUCGGGUUACACCGCCCUGCACCUGGCGUCCAAGCACGGCCACCCGCAGUGCGUCAGCAAGCUGCUGCAGGCCUCCUGCCCCGUGGACGUGGCUGACAGCAGCGGCCGGACGGCGCUGCACCACGCAGCGGUCAGCGGCUGCAUCUCGUGCUCUGAGAUCCUCUGCGACUUCAAGGCUCCUUUGAACGUCAAGGACAAGGAGGGCUCCACGCCGCUGCUGCUCGCCGCCAAGAUGAGCCACUCGGAGCUGUGCCGCUACCUGCUGCACCGCGGGGCGGCCGCCAACAGCCGCGACCUGCAGGGCAAGACAGCCCUGAUGCUGGCCUGCGAGAACGGCAGCGUGGAGACGGUGGAGGUGCUGGUCAACGCCGGCGCGCGGGUGGCUGCGGUGGACUCCAUGGGCCACGACGCCGCGCACUACGGGCUGGCCACGGGCAAUGCUCUCAUCCAGCACUUCCUGCAGGAGGCUGCUCAGCGCCGCUCCUGGGCCAGCGAGGAGACCACCGAGCAGACGUCGCAGACGUCUUCGCCAAGCCAGUCGGCAGGCAGAGAGAAGAGCAGCACCCCGAGGAAGAGGAAGGCCCCCCUGCCUCCCCCGGGCACCCCCAGCCCGGAAGACCGGGAUGCCUACGAGGAGAUCGUGAGGCUGCGGCAGGAGCGGGCGCAGUUCCUGCAGAAGAUCCGGGGCUUGGAGCAGCAGGAGAAGCAGCGGCAGGAGCAGGCAGAGCUGGACAAGGGCUCCCUUCGCUCCAUGGAGAAGCAGAUCCAGGAGCUGGAGGAGCGGCUGGCGGCGCGGGACAACGAGAAGGAGCGGCUGGGCAAGGAGGUGGAGGCCCUGCAGAGCCGCUUGUCCUCGCUGGAGAAUGAGAAGGAGAACACGAGCUAUGACAUCGAGACGCUGCAGGACGAGGAGGGAGAGCUGCUCGAGUUCCCAGGUAGGACUGUGGUGGCCUCCCGAGACCCCCCCUCGGGGAGGUGGCCCCGUGCGGGGAGGAGCGGGGACGCGGUGGGCACGGCACCAGCACCCGCGUGCCGCGCAGGGGCAGAGCUGCUGCUCUCCAAGAAGACCCUGAGCCCCUCGGCCGAGGAGCUGCUGGCCACGCUGCAGGGCCAGGUGCGGUCCCUCACCGUGCAGAACAAGGAGCUGAGGGAGAAAAUACAGGUCCUGGAGAACUUCGAGCGGGAUGACAGCGAGCCGUCCACCCCGGGGGACUUGGUGCCCGCCAGCCUCUACUACUCCCUCAAACGGGAGCUGGAGCGGCUGCGGGCGCAGGGCACGGCGGCACCGCAGGGCCUGGUCGGGACGGAGGAGGCUGAGGACAAGAGGCCGACCCCGGCCUCGGAGCCUGGCAGCAAGGGGAGCACGGCGCGGGGGCUCAAGGAGGAGCUGCCCCAGCCCCAGUGCAAGUGCAAGGCGGCGCAGGAGCCUCACCAGCAGCCUCCCUCCGCUGCCCAGCAGGAUGGCGCUGAGCUGGCGGCGGCCCGGGCGGCCUUGCAGCAGGCGCAGGCAGCGCUGGAGGAGCGCGAGCAGCGGCUGCGGGAGCUGCAGGCCCGCCUGGAGGCCGAUGCCAAAGCCGAGGAGGCCACGGCCUCGCUGGGGGCCUCCCUGGAGGAGGCAUCGCAGGAGAAGGCGGCCCUGCUGGAGCGCUGCAGCCGGGCGGAGGCAGCGGCGGAGGCCCUGCGGCGCGAGCUGGAGGCCAAGACGCGGGACUGGAGGGCGGCCGGCGGCCCCGAGCCGGAGCCGGGCGUGCUGGAGCAGCGGGUGGCCGAGCUGGUGCGGCAGCACGGCGAGGUGACGGCCCAGCUGGGGCAGCUGCGGGAGGCGCUGGGCCGCAGGGAGGCCGAGCUGACGGCCCUGCGGGAGCAGCUGGCCGCCCGGCCCGUGGGGCGCCGGGAGCACGAGGAGGUCCUGGCCAGGCUGCAGCGGGCGCAGGCGGAGGCCGAGGGCCGGGUGCCGCCGGAGGAGCACGCUCGGGCCACGGCGGCGCUGGAGGAGCAGGCGCGAGCCCUGCGGGAGCGGGCGGCCCGGCUGGAGGCGGCGGCGGAGGCCAAGGGGCGCGAGGCGGCCAGGCUGGAGGCCGCGCUGGCGGCGGCGGUGCCGCGCGGGGAGCACGAGGCGGCGCGGGCCGAGCUGCAGGCCGAGGCGGCCGCGCUGGCCCAGCGGCUGGCCGAGCUGACGCGGCGGCACGAGAAGACGUGCGAGGAGGUUUUCCGGGUGCAGCGGCAGGCGCUGUUCAUGAAGAGCGAGCGGCAGGCGGCCGAGGAGCGGCUGGCGGCCGCGCAGCAGCAGCUGGCGGAGGCGCGGGAGGAGGCGCGGCGCCUGCAGGACCUCCACAGCCACGCCGAGGACUCGGCCAGGCUGGUCAGGGACAGGGACAGGAAGAUCACCGAGCUCUCCAAGGAGGUCUUCAGGCUGAAGGAGGCCCUCAAUGCCCUCCCCGAGCCCCGAGGAGCGCCGCAGCCGCCCCCCGACGCCGCGGCGAUGCAGUCCAGGAUCCGCACCUUGGAGGAGAAGCUGGCGGAGGCAGAGAUGCGGCACAGCAAGGUGGUCGCGCUGUACCGGAGCCACCUGCUCUACGCCGUGCAGGGCCACAUGGACGAGGACGUGCAGAGGCUCCUGUGCCAGAUCCUGAAGAUGCAGCGGCUGCAGGAGCAGGGCAGAUGAGCCCCCGCCGACAAACCCCACGGGACAGCCAGCGACCCCGGCGGGGGGGGGGGGGGGCCCCGUCACCCCCCCCCCCCCCCCCCCCACAGUUCUGCUUCUCCGGCAGCACCCCGGUGCUGGCACACGCACCCCGACACUCACCCGGCCCCGGGGGGAGCCGUGCUAGCCCCCACACAGCCCCCCGCACCCCAGCACGGUAGCAAUAAAGUAUUUAUAUUCACGUUAA